AUGUCGGACUUUCCGUUGGGGCUUCUUCUUGUUGCUUUCUUCUGCCUUUUUGGGGUGGAAAGUCAACGAGGGACCAGCGAGAAUAUCUUCAAAGACCCUUUCCGUCUGAAGAGAGACGACGAGAACAGGUCGUCCUACACGCAGUUCGACGUCGCCGCCAAACUCGAAGUCAAUAAGCAGAAGAAGCGCGUCAUCAGAAUCGGUCAUCUGGGAGCCGUUGGUUGGUUUUCAGUUGAUUUUCACUUUGUUAGAACUGAAAUUGAGAGGUGACAGAAAAAAGGGAGUUUCUGAAAGGCUUGGAAUAUUAUAAGAGUAAAAGGAGAGCUAUUCGCACCUUUUUUAGAGGAACGUUUGAAAGAAGCUUUACCUCCUGUUUUUUUUUUCGGCGCCAUGAUUAAAAAAGAGGAAUAGCACAUAAAAAGCGCUGACAGAUCAGGCCUUUCCAGCUUGCUGAGUGAAGCGAUUCCAAGAUUUCAUAAUCCUGUAGAAGCUCCCACCUAAAGUUCCCACUUAGGAGUGAUGCCGAACGACGCCAAAGUGCUGAACAUCAGCAAGCAAACUCUGAAGGAUGACAACCUUAUCGGAGAGGACAUUGAGUUUGAGUGAGAUCUUUUUUUCACAAGUACGAUCUUCGGAAGACAGGAGAAUUUAAAGGAUAAUCUCGCGACAAACGUGCAGCGAGGCCUUCGAGGGAGUCGCCGUCGCCGCGGAGAUGUACCACGUCCACCAAGUCCGAGCUUUUAUCGGCCCUUACUGUACUUCAGGUCUUCAGAUCUGUUUGUUCUCGUUGACGACCAUUUUUCGCAGAACUCGAGGCGGUGACGAAGAUGGCGACGUUCUGGAACAUCCCAAUCAUCUCCUAUUCCAGUGCUACCAACACCUUGUCCGGUAAUUUCAGAAGCUUCAUAAAUCUUUCGGCAAUGGAAAAGACUUGAUCUUUUUUUUUUGGAUCGGUUUUUUUAAUCUCAAUUAUUUUUUCCGUCUGGCAAAUGCUUUCUGAUCCACAUUAGGCUGAAUUUGAAUCUUCAGAAUUUUCCUCUUGCCCAUUGAUAUGCAAAGUGUUACAGCUGUGCGCGAUAGUAUUAACAAAAAAGCGAAAAAAAACUACAAGAAAAAAGAUUGAAUUACAAAAAAAAAGAAAGUAUAUAUUCAUAAUGAGAGUGUUAGAAUGGAUAAGCUCAAACAGUGAUCUUUGGUCAGAAGUAGAAAAAAUCGUGGUUCUGGUGAAGUUGGUCUGAUUUUAUUUAUUGUGUAAGUGAUUUUGUGUCAUACCAAAUCAUUUUCAGCCUUUUUUUCAAAGUUUGAAGGCUCCGGGGAAUGUUUUUCAACUUUUAUCACCACUUGAAAAGCUUUUGAAAUUGUUUAUCUAUGAUGAAAGAAACCGGUCAACUCAGAAAAAGUUUCAGAUAGGAACGUUUACAAGACGCUGGCUCGCAUUUCAUCGAAAAAUUCCAACUCUUUUGCUCAAGCCACCGUGGCCAUGCUACAGCACUACAAGUGGACGAAGGUGCUCGCAGAAAAAAAUAUAUUGAAAAGUAUUUUCUUCAGGUUGGAAUCGCAACGAAUACGGGAAGCGCGGCUUAUGACUUGGUCCAAGUUUUUGAAGAUGUAUUCCAUCGUGUCGGCAUUGAUAUCGUCAAAAAGGUUGGAACUGAAAAGGCCUUGGUUGAACUUCUGAUGGGAUUCCAGAACUUAGAAAAGAAUCCCUCCCAGCAAGUCUUUUUUGGGUAAUGCCUUUCUAAAUUUCGAAAACUGGGAAAGAAAACUUUAUGUGAGGAUUUGGAAGCUUGAAACUUGCAAAAAAGAUCCAUCGCAGGAAAACUUUUUCUUGUUCUAGAAUCAGGAGAAUUAAACGUCAACCAAGCUCCCUCAAAGGUUGACCCAGAUCCAAAAAGUUCCCUAGUAAAUUAAUAAAAUUUCAAAUAAAACGCAUCAGGUGAUGUUCGAAGAGAACGGCGACGCCAACGAAAUGAUCCGCUCCGGGCUUCUUUCCGAACUUUCCAACAAUGCACGAGGUUUGUUUUAGUCCAAAGAAUAUUCAGCGAAAACGGUUUCCAGUGAUAAUUUGCUUGUUUUCCUCGACUCGCGAACUUUCCAAGGAAUUCAUGCAAGCCACUUUCACGCUUGGAAUGAACAACGCCGAGUACGCCUACAUAUUUCCCUGGAUGCAGUUUGGCCCUAAAGUAAACAUUUAAGUUUCUAAACAAUAUUAUGGGAAAAAAUCAUGGCAAAACUUGCUGUUCGAGUUUCAAAAAGCUUGCGCUGAGAAAAAAUAUAAAAGUUGAUCUCUUUCCAUCAAAAAAGCGGAAUAUAAAAAGAAUUCGAAGCGAAGAGUUUUGUUCUUAUUUGGGUGAAGUGGAAAUUCCUCGGACCUUGGUAACGCGAACGGGACGCGAAUCUGCUUUGGGCACUUCUAGUGACCACUUACCACUUUAGUAGCCACAGGACUAUUAAGGAAUCCCUAGAAUCGCCCAGAAACUUCCGGAGCACGUCCGUUUCGCGUUAUUAACGUCCGAGUUAGUUUGCUGUACCUUAUAUUUGUUCUUGUAAGCAGGACUCACUCCUGUUUCUUCGAAUAUUUCAGCAAGCUACUAUUAAUAGACCAAAAAAGUGAGGCCUGAAAGAGAGAUGAACAUUUAUUAUUUUUUUUUCUAAAAUUUUUCUUUCACUGCAUGGAGAACUCGAUAGGAAACGACUCCCUGGAUCGGCGCCAACGGCGAAACGCUGCAGUCGGUGAAGGACCACUACGCCAAUGCCAUCAUCAUUGAUGACGUCAACGGGUUCGACGACACGAUCGUCCCAACUUUUCUCAAGAAAGUCGAGGACUAUGGCAUGAAGCCUGAUGAUAUCGACACUGUGAGUGACAUUUAUUCUUUUUUGGCAUUAUUCUUCAGAGGCAAUAAGAAAACAUUUUGAGUCCAAAAAACAUCGAAAAAGUAAACAAAAAUUGAGAAAAUACAUCUAUACAAUGUGACUGGGAGACUGUAUAAGAGGUAUUGGAAAUAAUUGAACUUGAUUUUGAAUUGAAUUUUCAAAAAAAAUAUUCACGUUGCAGACCAAUAUUUACGGAUACCUGCAUCUGUAUGAUUCACUGCGACUUUACGCGUUGGCCGUCAGAAAAGUUCUCAACGAAACGAAAAAUGAAGCUUACGUCAUAAAUGGCCAGCAUGUCUGGAAUCGCAUGCGUCGGAUGAGCUUCGAAGGUUUUUCGAUUAAAUGUUUUUCAAGUAAAAGAAAAGCUUAGGAGUCGUUACAAGGGCUCAAGAAGGAAGUGACAAGGAAUCUGGAACCAUUGGGACUGUUCUGAUGGACGACGUGGCCGAUCGAGCUCCCAUCUUUGCGGCUUUUUAUAUUUCUCCGAAUCGGUUGGAAAAUUACGCGUCUGCACGUCUUUAAAAAAAAACAUUUUUUUUUUCCGAAAAAGAAAGUUUUCGGGCUCUAGCCAUGAAUGUUGAAUUUGUAAAUCAAGCGGUAAAAAGUUUCCUGAUGAUAUCCCGAAAAUUCGCCUAAUAUUAACCUUUUCUAAAAGUUUUCAAUAAUUAGUGGGACAUUUCUUAGAAAAAAAUACCCUUUUUUUGAAGUGAGGAAGAAAUUCUCCCGGAUACUCAAAAACAAUUCGAGAGAAUUUAAUUUAAAAUAUAUCCUCUUGAAAAGUUCGAAUGUAUAAUAUUCAAGUGAUCGCGUGAUGAGAAUGGUGAACAUGGAGAGCGAGCUGAUCCCCAACUGCGAUGGACUAAAAAACAGAAGCGGUUGUUUCGUUUUGGUCAGAUUUUACAGCAAGAAUGAAUAAAAAAAGGAAAGAUUACAGAAACUGACUGACGUCAUGAGUGGAUUCUGGCCGAGUGAAAAUGGACAGAUGCCCCUCGACGAGCCGUUGUGUGGUUAUCGAGGGCAGAAGUAAGAAAAUGUUGCUGAACCUUUUUUCAUGAAUUUUCUUUCCAGGUGCAGCUACUUGCUGGAGAUCAGCGCGGGAGCUCUUUUGAUUGCUUUUGUCGUCCUUUCUGCCGCCGCUUACUUUCUUUACCGUUUCUGGUACCUAAUUUUAUGCUUAUCGUCAUCGACAAAUAAUUGUUACAAUCCGUUUUACAUGAGUUAUAAUUCAAUUUUCUCGGCUUCAAGCGGCGGUAUGCGGCAUUCGCAGUUCAUAUGCGAAGCGGUUGCGAUGCGUUUGGUGGAAAUUCAAAGUUAUCCCAUUAGUAAGAGCCUUAUAUAGCUGAUUCACGGCUAGCUUGGAACGCUGAGGGGCGUGUCCUGUCUGCGCUCUCCACGAGCCAGGCGCUGUUUCGUGCAUUAUCGUGUCAGGACCAUUUUUUCGAUGGCUCAAGCCAGCCGUGUAUUCGCUAUACAAGACAUCAUUUUUUUGGAUUUUUAAAAGACAUUUUUCAAAAUUUAAGAGGAAUAGCUGUUUUGGUUGGUGAACAAAGCCGUUCCGGUUUUAGCUCAUUAAAAUACAAAAAAAAAAUUGUUAUAGAACAUUGUGAACCACUUGAUCUCUAACUUUUCCAGCGAGACUCGACAACUGGACAAAAUGCCAUGGCGCAUGUUCCACGACGACAUUCAGUUCAUCGACGAGGAGCAAGUCAAAUCCAUGGUUAUUCCAAUUUCGAUAUUUCCUUGAAUCAAAAUCACGUUUCAAUAGACUGAAAAUUUCAAUAUCUCAGAUGUCGAUUGGAUCCUCAAGUACGAAGCUGAGCAACAUGAAGACUGGCCAAAAACGGCAUGCCAUUAUUGGAAUCAACACUCACGCUACGUAUCACAAGUACCAAAAAAAAAAAAUCAAAAAAACGUUUCCUUUCACAUUUUUUCAGGUAUCCUCAAAGGAGACCCAUCAAGUUUGCCAGAGAUGACCUUCAACUUCUCACCCAGGUAAAAGGGACAACUUUUCACCUUUAAUGGAGGCAAAAAUAAGAUGAAACAAGCGGUGCACGACAACCUGAACCCGUUCCUCGGAAUGGCGUUCAACGAGAAAGAGGAAAUGCUCAUUUUGUGGAAGUUUUGCAGUCGAGGAACGAUUCAGGUUCCGUUAAAACGGUCUUCUGGCGAAAAAUGAUUACUUAGGACAUUAUCUACAACAUGAACGUGGUUCUCGACGAAAAGUUCCAUGCGGCGUUCGUCAGGGACAUUACCUUGGUAGAUGGAUAGAACAGAGAAAAGUUAAAGAAGAAUUAAUUUGAAGGGUCUUGAAUAUUUGCAUGCUUCUCCAAUCGGCUACCAUGGCUCGUUGACCCCUUGGAGCUGUUUGAUCGACAGAAAUUGGAUGGUGAAAUUAACCGAUUUUGGGAUUGGUCCGUCUUUGAGAAAUUCAAAGGAAAAAAAAAUAGAAUGGGAGUUUCUUUCUCCCAUCCUGUAGUUUACUGUUAGAGUUGGAGAACUUUAAUUGCACUUGAACUGAAAUAACUAUAAAUUCCGUUUGGUUAUCCAAUACCCUGACUUGAUGAAUAUUUCAACUUCACAUCGUAUUUUUUUGACGAUACCCCGCCCGAAAAUCUCGUAAUUUAUGACGUCUUUGGUGCAUACCCAGAACGGCGCUAAUUCGAAUACUCAGUAAAAUCGAAAAGGAAUUUUUUUCUAAAAUAAAAUCCCUGUUUUGCUUAUUUUUGAUAAUUUUCAGCGAAUCCACUCGAGAGGUGGGAAAAAUCAGGUGCAAUAACCAUCGAAACCCUCAAGGAUGACGAGGACAAGUCGCAAGCCUCCCAGAAAACUUGUAAAGAUUUUCGAAAUAAACGAAAAUAAAUUGCAAGUUACAGCCGUACUAUACAGUCCGCCAGAACUUUUGAAAAAUCGAGAGGCAAACCGACGGCGCGGCUUCGAACAGUCCUGGGUCCGACAGUCGCAGGCCCGGCGGCAGUCCGGCGACAUAUAUUCCUUUGGAAUGGUUUGUGUGAAGCUUUUCCGUCAUGAGCUCAGGACUCCCGGUCCAGGAAUAUUUUUUUGGACCAGUAAAACAUGAAUCUUUUAAAAAAAAAUAUUUGAGGUUAGUUAGACCACUAGUCGACGAGUCAUUUUUAGAGUCUAACCAACCUGGUAAGAUUGGGGAAAUUCAGGUGUAAAAGACAUUUAAUUAAUUGGAAAGGCCGUGAAACAAUGGCCCAGAAAAGUUUGAAUUUGUUUUUCAGGUUCAACAGUUAAUCCUUUUUUCUCAUUUCAGGUAAUGUACGAAAUCUUAUUCCGAAGCCUGCCAUUUAGGAACAAUACGGAUAUUAAUGGUAGCCAAUAUUAUUCCGGAGAAAAAAAAAGGUUUUUUGAGAGCUUUGCGAGCUCAUCGCCGAUGGAACGAAGAACGUCGCUCCAGAGAUUCAGAACCAGAUGAGCCUUCACCCGGAUCUCAACGCUUUGCUAAGGUUUGAUGAGGGAAAUUUAACGAACGCGCUUUGAUUUUUUGUAGUUUAAAAUAUCAAGGUAUUCAAAAAAUGAUCAAAAUCGGUUAAGUUCAGUGGUUUUUUUCGGAAUAGCAGACCUUAUUUGAACUUUUUUCAAAAACCCCACAUUUGGCCAUUGGGAGCCCAUUUCAUUAGAGAGUUUGAAAUGCGAUGAAAAGUUACUCGAGAAUCCCAUGAAAGUGUAGACAAAAAUACCUGUGCAAAUUUUUUUGAGAUCAUGAAUUCUCAAAGUUUGCGUUUAGACAGAGUUAGGCUUGAAAGUAGUUUUUCGCGAGUUUGAAAAUUCAUAAAUCUAAAAAUAAGAUUUGCGCAGGUAGCCAGGGCAAAUCCAAAACCUUCAAGGAAGGUUUCGGCAAGUUUAUGGAAAAUUACGAAAUUCCUAAAAUUGCCAUGUGAGCCUAAAAAACCAAACUUUUUCACGACGAUUUUUUCAAGCAAAAAAAAGAGAGAAACUUAAAGAGAUUGCUGGAGCGACAAUCCAGAAAUCAGACCUUCGAUUCGACGCGUGCGCCUCAACACGGAGAUGAUCCUGAAGACGUAAGACGAAUCAAUAUUGAAACUGCAAAGAUUGGAUUCAGAAAAGGGUCUCUGGUAGACCAGAUGAUGAGAAUGAUGGAACAGUACGCGAAUAACCUGGAGAAACUCGUCGCCGAAAGGACUGGAAUGCUCGAGGAGGCCAACAUCCGUGCUGAUAAACUUCUCAGCCAGCUACUGCCACAGUACGGCUUCUCAUAUAUAUUAUCAAGCCCUUUGGCUUGUUCAUGCCCUGAAAAUGUUUGGUCGAUAUUUCAUAGUAUCAUGGAAAAAAGAGCUUGUUUUUCACGAGAAAGCUGAUAACUUUUCAAGAUAUGUCGCGAAUGAACUGAAAAUGGGCCGAUCCGUACCUCCAAAGCUCUACUCCUCGGCCACCGUUUUGUUCUCGGACAUUGUCGGCUUCACUACGAUUUGCUCCAGUUCUUCUUCCAUCGAGGUUCAACGUGAAUGGAUUUCCCUAUUAGGUGGAAGUUUUAUUAGGUCGUCAACAUGCUCAACGGUCUUUACACUGGUUUUGACGAAUGCAUCACCAAGAACAAUAGCUACAAGGUUUCCGGAAAUGGUUCAUUUUAUUUGAAGACUAAAGAAAACAGGUUGAAACGAUCGGCGACGCGUACAUGGUCGUAUCAGGAAUCCCGGAGGAAAAUGGAAACUUCCACACGAAGAACAUCGCCAAUAUCGCCUUGGACAUGAGACAGGUAAAAAAAGUAGAAAAAAGAAAUUUUAACGGAUAAGAAAAAGAGUUUUUUUUGUCGCAUCUUAUCAUUUGAUCUCUGCAGUACCUGACUUCGUACCAAAUUCCCCACCGGCCGAAACAUCGGAUCCGCUGUCGCUGGGGCUUCCACACGGGAGCCGUCGCGGCUGGAGUCGUCGGCCUCAGUUCGCCACGAUAUUGCCUUUUCGGAGACACGGUUUUGAACUGUUGUAGAAAAGAAAUGGAAAGUCUUGAAGGUGAACGUAGCGUCACGAAUGGAGUCGAGCGGCACCCCGGGAAUGAUUCAGAUGAGCGAAGAAGCGCACGAACAUCUCAGAAACUAUCAUCCGCAGUUCGUGACCAGCGAACGCGGUGAUGUCGACAUUAAGGUGCGAUGUUUCAUCAAUCAUCUAGAUAAUUUGAAGUAGAAGAUGGGAGAAUCUCUGAAAACUAUGCUUAGAUUUUGCCAUUAGUUUGAGAUUCAGUUCUAGAAAAAGUGUCCGAAAAAAAUGUUCAAUUUACGAAAAUCUAGAUAUUUUUUUAUCAAUUCUCGGGGUAAAUCGAUUCGUAAGCCAAAAAAAUUUUUUUCCAAGGGUUCUUAAAGUUUCUAUGCUGGUUUUUUUAUAAAAUUUAAAUUUGGAUUUUUUUCACGCAUAAAUUUACCUUCGAUCUCAGAUGUGUAUCUCCUUGAAAUUGGAAAUUUCUUAACAGAAAAAAAAAGAAAAUAAAAAACUUUUUAUUUUCUUCAUUUUUCUCGCGAAAACUUGAUGUUUUUUUUCCUGACCACUUCAUAAUUGCAUGCUUGAAACUCCAUUCAAAGCUGUCAUUUAGGGUUUUAUUUUAUAAUUACGACUUCAGGUGAGUUAGUAGUUUCGAACCGGAAAUUUGUGAGAAUGGUCAGGUUUUCAGCCACUUUUUAGAGGAAGUAGCGUCGAUUUUCGCGAGACCUUGAACGAUUGAUAAUUAUCAUAGCAUUUUGUCUUCCUAAUUUUCAACUUUCAGGGAAAAGGAACUUGUCGGACUUUCUGGCUGGAGGACCGCGAAGGCGACAAAUCCACGGCAAACUACAUUUCGAGCAACUCUGGUCUUUGA